AGUUAGCUAGGCAGUCACGAAAAAGACUUCUAGUGAAAUGACCACUAUCCUCCAAUGACGUAAGUUACCUCUCCUGUUGUGAAAUUGGAUGCAUAUGUGCUGCAGCUUGCUCAGUGUCUCCUCGGUGGUCGUCCCACAGUCUCUUAAGGAAUUGGAAGGAAAAUAUGGAAAAGGCUCGACCUCACUGAGCCUUACGUACUGUACUGAAGUAGCUAUCCACCAACACAGGAUGGUUCAAUGAUACAUUGUCCACAGGGAAAGAACCUCACAGAAACUGUAGGCACAUUCUAGGGAGUAAAAUUUGUAUAAGGGUUGUAGUAUUGAGUAGCAUAAUGACAGUUAUUAACAUUUACAAUGUAUGAUGGUGACAUCGGGAAAUGCAAUGAGUUGGGAGAUAGUACGUAACACCCUAUAAAAACUCUUUUUUGUGACUGCGAACUACUUUCUGUGUUCAUCAUCUUCAUCUUCAAUAAAAGACGAGAGGACGAGUGUGGAUGAUGAGGAUGGAGAGAAAGAGACAUGCAGUGGUAGAGGAAACACAGACUCCAUCAUCUCUCACUCUCUCACAGUGACUCGUGCCAGUGGCAGUGCAUUCUCUAAACCUGUGGGAUUCACAAACUCAGAAGUGUUAAGAUUCAAUGAGAUGGCGAAACUUCUGAUAUGUCUGCUUGUUUUCGGGGCAAUUUUUUCUUAUUCUGUCAGCAAGCGUGAAAAUUUCACAUGUGACUAUAACAUGCUUGAAGAUGCAUUAAAAGAGGAUCAAAAUAAGUUUCUGCUGCAAACAACAUUCUUUCCUCCCAAUGUCGAUAGUCCUGUGUAUGUCACCGUGACAUACAACUUCUCUACUUCCAGUGUUGACUACGUCUGGUCAACUGCCACUCUGUACUUUAUUUUACAUCCAAACAUCAUCGGCUACCUCUCCCUUUUCUUCUCCUAUAUUGAGCGUUAUAGAGUCGUUCAGUUGGAGUUGAAUCUACCUGAAGAGUGCAGCUCUUUAGCUAGCAACACAAACUCUGAUGCAACAAACUUCUUGUUCACUCUAACACACAGGUUGCGGCAUUACACCCAGGAUUCAAGUGAUUUAGAGGACAUCAGGGCAUAUGUUGUGGCUGCUGAGAAGCGUAAGAAAGAUUAUCAGGGAGAUAGUGUUGUACUGUUCUUCUCUCUGAGUAUUGGACUGCCAAUUGCUGCUUUGGUUUUGGUGUGGGUGAGUGUCCAUGGAGCUUUUCCUUACAUCAGAUCUUACCUAAAUGACUCUGAAAAUUUUCCGUGUGUAGCAGCUUUUUAUUGGAUUGGUCAAACCUUCUCUUUAUUUGUGAUUAUAAUGGACAUAAUGGCUUUGGUGGAAAAUUCUAACAUUGAGCAGCACAAUUCCUUGGAGGCUUACCAGAUAGCAUUUAUAUCACUUAUUUUUGUUGCUGAAAUUCUGGGAUUAUCAUUAAGCAUUGUGGUUGCUUUUAUCACACUCCUUUCUCAUGCCAAAGAUACCAAAUGUAAACACUCUUUUGAAGCCUUUGUUAAGUGUUUCAAGCGUUUAAUUGGUUGUGGAUUGCUAUUUAAAGAUAUUGGUAGGAAGGAGGCAAGAGCUUGGCUUUUUACAAGCAGCCUAAUAACACCAAUAAUAGCCCUUUCAUCACAUACUGGAUUUAUCAUUAGUAGUUGGGUGUCUUACAAGGAUAGAAGUAUUGCUAUAAUAUUGCUGUAUAUUCUUGUGUUUGUUUUUUUCUACUGGUCUUUGCAGUAUGUAUAUCGAUUUUCAACCGUCAUUAUUCAUUUAACUUUAAGAGGAAAUGUAGACAACCUUCCUAAGGAUGAUGUAUUAUUAUAUUAUAAUAUUGAGGAUGGCAAUAAUGAUGUUCAUUAUGAAAACGAGCUUUAUGCCAAUGCUAAAGACAGAAAGUUCAUUGGAUUUGAUACUCUUGCUCUGCUCUUAAUGCUAUUAUUUAUCAUUUUUGUCUAUGGCAUUAUUACUUACUUUGUGGCAGGUGUUUUCAUUUUUUUGCUUUCAUCUAUUGACCAAGCACUAAUCGACUUAUUCAAAAUCGGGAAUGAUGGUUUUGUUGUCAUCGUUUUUUUCCUCACUUACAAGAUAUUCUCCAUAACCAAUGGU